GCAUCGCGAAAGCCGGCGGGGAAAGUGGGCGGAAGAAAAGAGAGAGAGAAGAGAAGCAACUAGGAGAAGAAGUCAUGCCUUUCUUUUCUUCUUCUUAAUUCGGCAACAUAAUUGUCGCGUGUGCACGCGUAGUUUCGCAAUAUCGCUUUCGUAAUCGCGGCGCGUUGCCUUGACGGAGAGCUGCCGCAGCGACACGGAUGACGCGAUACAUGAAAGUGGGUGUUGCCCAGUGUUGCCCGUCGCGGUGCGGCUCAGUACUCUCUCAGUAGUCAGUAGUACGCUUGCACGGUCCGGAUCAGUAGUAUCUGUCGCGACUCGCAUCGUCCGAAUUUUCCCACCGACAGGCGGUAGAGACCAGCGGUAGUGCGGAGCAACGAGAACGAGAGUGUCCACGGCUCAAGCUCACACUUGGUAGUUUCCUGUUCCUGACAACAGGAGAGAUAGAAGAUCAAGAUGUCGCAGCAGCAAUAUUAUCCGUUCAAGUGCACUCCAACUGUAUAUCCCGCCGAGCCGUUCGAUGCAAAUGCGGACGCCACUAUUUUGCGUAAAGCAAUGAAGGGAUUUGGUACAGAUGAAAAGGCGAUCAUCGAUGUGCUUACGAAGAGAGGUAUUGUACAGAGACUGGAGAUCGCGGAGGCGUUCAAGACCAUGUAUGGGAAGGAUUUGAUUAAUGAUUUGAAGAGCGAGUUAACUGGGAAACUGGAGGAUGUCAUUGUUGCCCUCAUGACUCCGUUGCCACAUUAUUAUGCCAAAGAACUGCAUGAUGCGGUGAGCGGUAUGGGUACCGAUGAAGAGGCAAUUGUCGAGAUUAUGUGCACUCUUAGCAACUAUGGCAUCCGUACGAUCGCGACAUUUUAUGAAAAUUUGUACAACAAAACACUUGAGAGCGAUUUAAAAGGCGAUACAUCUGGUAAUUUCAAGAGAUUGUUAGUAUCCCUCGUGCAGGCAAACAGAGACGAAAAUCAGGGAAUCGAUCAUGCCCAAGCAGUUGCCGAUGCUCAAGCGUUGUACGAAGCUGGUGAAAAACAGUGGGGAACAGACGAAUCUCAAUUCAAUGCGAUCUUGGUAUCUCGCAGCUAUCAGCAGCUACGACAAACAUUUAUCGAGUAUGAAAAAAUAUCAGGGCACGACAUAGAAGUUGCCAUAAAGAAGGAAUUCUCUGGCAGCAUCGAGAAAGGCUUACUUGGAAUAGUGAAAUGCGUGAAGUCAAAGGUUGGAUUUUUUGCUGAGCGUUUGUAUGCCAGUAUGCACGGCAUAGGUACGAAGGAUCGAACACUAAUCCGUAUCAUUGUGUCUCGAAGUGAAAUCGACUUGGGCGAUAUUAAAAAAGCAUUCGAGGAACGCUAUGGAAAGUCACUGGAAAGCUGGAUAGCUGGAGACACUUCGGGAGAUUACAAGAAGGUGCUUCUUUCCUUGGUUUCCACAUAAUUUGGUGAAACUGUUAAGGAUCCAGGUGCACAUUUGCCUAUUGAUGCAUAAUUUAUAAAAAAAAAAACAACUUUAUAUACGCCUGCACAAAUUCCAGCUUAACAUCGCCUAAUGUACUAAUAAGGAAUUAGAAAAGGUACCUUGCUGCAUUUUUAAAUAUUAUUUUUGUAAUACUUUUUUGAAAUUUUUACUGUAUUACAUAGGCCAGUAAAAUUUCUGGAUGUUCUACGUUUCAAUCUCGUUUAUAUAUACAAAUUAUAAAUUAAAUUAUAUUUUAUAUAUUCUUAUUUUUGUCAAGAUUUACAUAAAGAAUCUCAUAAUGUAAGAGUGAGAAAUGGUUAAGAAAUUGAUGAAAAUAAAUUUAAAAACAUUCUA